AUGCUCCCGCAGCUCAUCCUCCUGGCGUCCCUGGUGCAAGGACCGCCCCGUCCCGGCUGCACCGAGCGCCUCCGGCAGCCCAAACCCAGCCUGGGCUCCCCGUUUCCAGCCGGGCUCCGUGCCCGUGGCAGCCGGCAGAAGCCACGGAACGCGUCCCGCUGCGCAGGGCGCUGCAGCCGCGUGUCGCCCCCGGCGCGCCCCGGGCUCGCUGCAGCAGCCCCAGGAGAUGGUACUGUCGGCCUGGCCCUGCUUCUGCUGCGGCUCCAGAGCCUCAGCCGGCCCCUGCGCCCGGGUCCUCGCACCCUUUUCCAGCCGAGAAGUUGCAAACGCCGGCGAGCGGCGGCGGGGACCGGGACCGGGACCGGCUCGGACGAAGCUCGGCUCGGAGCCGGGGCCGCCCCCGCCAUGGGCAACGCGGCCGGGGGGAUGGAGGGGGGCGCGGCCCCGCGGGAGCCCCGCGACCACCGCCCGCAGCCCGGGCCGCCCCCCGCCGCCGCCGCUCCGCCGCCCCCCCGGCAGCCCAUGCCCGCGGCGGCCGAGCUGGAGGAGCGCUUCGGCCGCGUCCUGAAUUCCAUGAACCUGCCCCCGGACAAGAUGAAGCUGCUUAACCAGUACGACAACGAGAAGAAGUGGGAGCUGAUCUGUGACCAGGAGCGUUUCCAGGUGAAGAACCCUCCGUCCGCCUACAUCCAGAAGCUGAAGAGCUACUUGGACACGGGGGGUGUCAGCAGGAAGUUCAAGAGGCGAGUGCAGGAGUCGACGCAGGUGCUCCGGGAGCUGGAGAUUUCCCUCAGGACCAACUACAUCGGAUGGGUCCAGGAGUUCCUCAACGAGGAGAACAAGGGGCUGGACGUGCUGCUGGAGUACCUCGCCUUUGCCCAGUGCUCCGUCGCGUAUGACAUGGAGAGCACAGAGAACAGCCCCGGCUCUGACAAGGGCAAGGAGCGGUCGCUGGAGGACCUGAACAAAAGCACCUCCUCGUCUCCCACCCAGGGCUCCUCCAAAAUGCGGCCCCUCACUGUAAGGCUGAACCCCUCGCACAGCAGGAAGACGCUGCGCAACUCGCGGCUCGUCAGCCAGAAGGACGAUGUCCAUGUGUGCAUCAUGUGCCUCCGCGCCAUCAUGAACUACCAGUCUGGCUUCAGCCUGGUGAUGAACCACCCGGCCUGUGUCAACGAGAUCACCCUGAGCCUCAACAACAAGAGCGCCAGGACCAAGGCUCUGGUGCUGGAGCUGCUGGCCGCUGUCUGCCUGGUCCGAGGUGGCCACGACAUCAUCCUGGCUGCCUUCGACAACUUCAAGGAGGUCUGCGGGGAGAAGAACCGCUUCGAGAAGCUGAUGGAAUAUUUCCGAAAUGAUGACACUAACAUUGACUUCAUGGUGGCCUGCAUGCAGUUCAUCAACAUCGUGGUGCACUCAGUGGAGAACAUGAACUUCCGCGUGUUCCUGCAGUACGAGUUCACGCACCUGGGGCUGGACCAGUACCUGGAGACCCUGCGCCUCACCGAGAGCGACAAGCUGCAGGUGCAGAUCCAAGCUUACCUGGACAACGUCUUCGAUGUGGGGGCCAUGCUGGAGGACUCGGAGACCAAGACGGCGGUGCUGGAGCACAUGGAGGAGCUGCAGGAGCACGUCAGCCAGUUGACGGAGAAGCUGCAGAAUGCGGAGAACGACUCCAUGGCCAAGAUAGCGGAGCUGGAGAAGCAGCUGAGCCAGGCGCGGCGGGAGCUGGAGGCGCUGCGGGAGCAGCUGAGCCCCCCGCGGCCGCCCAGCCCGCCGUCCCCGCAGCCCCAGGAGUGUUACCGGCUGGCGCUGGAGCGGCGGCUGGCGGAGCUCGAGGAGAAGGGGCUGGUGCAGAUCCUGCGUGGGCCCGACGGAGACGUCGCCAUCGAAAUUGUCCCCGUUGUCAUAGAAACCCCCGCGGUCCCCGUGGUUUCUGGAGAGGCCGCUGCCACCAGCGACACCACCGCCACCUGCACAGAUGCUCCGGCUCUGGCUCCAGCCCCACCUCCCCCACCGGCACCCGCCGCCCCCCCGCCUCCACCCCCUCCGCCCCCCCCACCUCUGCCGGGGGCUGAGCCCAGCCCCCCCCCGCCCCCCCCACCCCCUCUGCCCGCAGGCACCGCGCCCCCCCCGGCUCCCCCGCUCCCGGGCGCCCCGGUGCCACCACCCCCCCCACCGCUCCCGGGGGGGCUGGAGGGCCCCGUGCCCCCCCCUCCACCACCCCCACCCCUCGCCGGGGAGCCCCCGGCCGGGCCGGGCCCCGCUGCCAACGGGUCAGUGAAGGUGAAGAAGCCGAUCCAGACCAAGUUCCGCAUGCCCGUCUUCAACUGGGUGGCGCUGAAGCCGAGCCAGAUCGACGGCACCGUCUUCACCGAGCUCAACGACGAGAAGGUGCUGCAGGAGCUGGACAUGAGUGACUUUGAGGAGCAUUUCAAGACCAAGGCGCAGGGCCCCGCCCUGGACAUCAGUGCCCUCAAGGCCAAGGCCACGCAGAAGGCCCCCAGCAAGGUGACCCUCAUGGAGUCCAACCGGGCCAAGAACUUGGCCAUCACCCUGCGCAAGGGCGGCCGCAGCAUCCAGGACAUCUGCACGGCCAUCGAGACCUACGACCAGCAAGCCCUGAGCCUCGACUUCCUGGAGCUGCUGCUGCGCUUCCUGCCCACCGAGUACGAGCGGACCCUGAUCGGGAAGUUCGAGCGGGACCAGCAGCCACCAGAGGAGCUCUCGGACGAGGACCAGUUCAUGAUCCGCUUCAGCAAGAUCCCGCGCCUGGCCGAGCGCAUGAACGUCAUGAUCUUCCUGGGCAGCUUUGGCGACACGGCCCAGCUGCUCAUGCCGCAACUCAACGCCAUCAUCGCCGCCUCCAUGUCCCUCAAGUCCUCCAGCAAACUGCGCCACAUCCUGGAGAUCGUCCUGGCCUUCGGGAACUACAUGAACAGCAGCAAGCGUGGAGCUGCCUACGGCUUCCGGCUGCAGAGCCUCGACGCGCUCCUGGAGAUGAAGUCCACAGACCGCAAGCAGACGCUGCUGCAUUACCUGGUGCGGGUGAUCAUGGAGAAGUACCCGGAGCUCACCGGCUUCCACACCGAGCUGCACUUCCUCGACAAGGCUGGCACAGUGUCCCUGGAUGGGGUCCUGCAAGACGUGCGGAGCCUGCAGCAGGGCAUGGAGCUGACGCGCAGGGAGUUCAUGAGACAGGACGACAGCCCCGCGCUCAAGGACUUCCUCAGGGUCAACUCGGAGGUGAUGGAGAAGCUGCAGGCCGACAGCAAAACCGCCAAGGAAGCGUAUGAGUCAGCAGUGGAGUAUUUCGGGGAGAACCCCAAGACCUGUCCCCCCACCACCUUCUUCCCCAUGUUCAUGCGCUUCAUCAGAGCCUACAAGAAAGCAGAACAGGACAUCGAGCUGUGGAAGAAACAAGAGGCCGCAGCCAAAGAGGCGGAAUCCGGCUCCCCUGGCAGCGAGCAGCAGCCCGAGCUGCCUGUCCAGAAGGCCAGGAGGCAGCAGAUGGACAUGAUUGCUGAGCUGAAGAAGAAGCAGAUGGUGAAGGAGCCGCUCAUCUACGAAGGCAAAGAUGGGGCCAUUGAGGAUAUCAUUUCAGCUCUCAAAACUGUCCCUUUCACUGCCCGGACGGGCAAACGCUCGUCCCGGCUCUUCUGCGACGUGAGCUUCAACGAGGAGAGCCCUCUAUCUGCGGAACAACCCGUACCGGCGGGGGGACAAAGCCCGCGGCAGCGCCAAGAAACGGGCGGCGGGGCAGAGCGUGCAGGCGACGCCGGACAUGGCGCUGUGACCGGCGCCGUCCCUGCAGCUCCAGGACCGGGGCAGGACCGUCCUCCCGACGCCGAUGGGACCGCAGGGUGUCAGUCCCUCAGCCCGGGGCGGUGCCCGCUCCGAGCCGCUCCAGCCGCUUAACGUGCCAGCUCCGCCCUGCCUGGGGCCUGGCACGGGCACCCCCGGCGCUUGCUUGGCCGUGUCCCCGAGCUCCUCUCCCCAGGCUGGCAGGGCUGGGGGAUCCUCCUGGCUAUGGGCAGGAAGGGGGAAGCGCAGAAAGGUCCCCAUCUUGUCCUGGAAGGAGAAGAGAGGCUGUCCCGUCCCGUCCCGUCCCUUCCCCGGCGCUGCCCCCUCGCACCCUGAGCUCGCCGUGCCUUGGAUUGCGGCUGCGGGAGGGGGCUCAGCCAGGGACACAGCGCUGCCCGCACAUCCCCCGGGCCCGCAGAGCCCCCCGAGAGCCGCCUUCUCCUGCGCUGCAGAGCCAGCCAGGAGCUGCUGCAGAGCUCCCACCCCGGGCACCUCCCGGACCCAGGCGCUGGCGGCGGUGCUAUUUUACAUGAUUUUAUAAGUCUUCCUUCAAAUUCCUCUGUGCUGCGGCAGCAGGGAUUGGAACACCCCCACACGGGGUGUCCCCGAGGCUGUGGCGAGCAGCGCUGCGCUGUUCCUCGCCGCAGGGGAGGCUCCGUAGCCGCGGCGAUCAGCAGCAGGGACCAAGUUUCUGCGAGGUGAUGGCACCUGCGCCCACCCGCAUGCCCAGCAUCACCCGCACUGCCGGGGCUGGAGCCUCUGGGAUGAACCGGGACUGUCAGCGCUGCGGGGCUCCCCGUUCUGCGGGCCGGGACACGCAGGCGAUGCCGGCAGCCCCCGGCCCCGCGAUCCCAAAGGCUGCGCCAGGCGGGAGGGACCCGAGAGCCCCGAGAGCCGCAGAGCCGGACCCGGCUGCCGCUGCCUCCCCCGCCGAGGAGCCCCGACCCCGCAGUGCCGCAAUUAAACCUCUCGGUGCAGUUAUUGCAGCAAAAAGCCCCCGCUCGUCCCGAUGCGAGGACGCUCCUCCUGUCCCUCCUCCUGUCCCUCCUCCCGUCCUUUCUCGCUCGACCCAGCUUUAGCCAGAGCAGCCGCUGCUUCCUGCUGUAUUUAAGCUGCUUCAGCGCCGGCUCCGUGUCCGGGGAGGGAUGGGAAAUGGAUGUGUAACUUAUAAAUGCCUUUAAGCCAGAAAUGUAAACCAUUAACUGCUCAUUUGUAUACAUUAUUUUUAUAUACUGAAGGCCUGUUUAAUCUAAAGCAGAUCUGGUAAUAAAAUGUCUCAGAG